UUGCAAGUGGCUAGUUACUAAAUCUCAAACUUGUUUUUUGUUUAUAGUUCCAGAACAUCGGUUAAGAAGCAAAUGUCCCUUGUCAAAGUGCUCAGGAAUUGCACAGAUUUGGAGAAAUCUGUUGCAACAAUAGCGGUAAUAUUUAAUAAUCAUGCAGGUCCUGAUGGAAAACUCAGUAAAGCUCAGGCAAAAGACUUACUUUUGGCCCAGUUUCAGAGUUUCAUUAAGGGACAAGAGCUGAAGCCAAAAUACAAAGAAAUUAUUUCUGACCUUGAUGAAGAUAAGGACAAAAAAAUAGACUUUGAAGAUUUUAUGAUAAUAUUGACAAGCCUGACAAUAAUGUCAAAUAUUAUGUAUGAGCUACAAUGUCUGACAAUGAAAAAAUAA